UUAGACAAAAAAUCUUUGUAGAAACAUAAAAUGAUUACAAAGGUAAACUUUCAAUAAAGCAUGGCUAACGAACACGAGAGAGUCGGAGUAUGCCGUUUGUGUGGAAAACAGUCUCGAAACUGUUUUCCAAUAUUUCAAGAUGAAGACAAUAUUCUCGAAAAAAUAAAUACAUGUUUACCGAUCGAUAUUUCUCCGGAUGAUAAAUUACCUUCCAAUGUAUGCAGAUGUUGCUCAUAUCGUUUAAGUAUUAGUUAUAAACUGCGUUGUACUGCAGUUGAGGUAGAUGAGCGUCUGCGAAUGCAAUUACAGCAGCAGAGCGAUGUAAUUGUCAAUACAAAUAAAGAUACAAAUAACUUUUCAGAGAACUUUCUAAAUAUUAAACGACAGAUUAUAGAAGAGAACGUUCUGCAUUAUCAAAAUGAUACACAAGAGAUCAGAGAUAAAAUAAAUAUUUAUAAUGAUUGGAAAACAAAACGAGAAGAUAUUGAUGAAAUUAGUUACGAAAAGAAAGCUGUUAUUUCAACGGAAGAUAACGAAAUGGCAGCGUCAGUUAAUUUAGUGGCUGAAAUUGAUAUUGUUGAAAUGAAAUAUGAAGAU